AUGGUGGAGGUGGUCCUUCUAGAUCUCUUAAGAACUCUCAUUUCUCCCUAUCCACACAUUUGCCCACAACGCCUGAAUCGUUGUCGCCCUCAUUCCAUAUGCCGUGUUCCUCCUCGACCUCAACGGCACGUCGGUGAUCGCAACCCUAACCUAGGCCUCAUGGUCUCCUACAUUGUCAACACCCUAAACUCUAAGUAUGUUGCCUUCUUUGAUGUCUGGCUCAUCUUCUCCGAGAUCUCUUUCUUCUGCAACUCCUCUCUUCUAGCCACUUUCAUCUUAUUCAUGCUCGCAGCCAUGACCGCCUUUCAUUGUGCCGAGACCAAUUUGCUCAUCAUCUGGGUCUCGUACCAGCUCAAGUGA